UUAAUGUUUGGUGCACUGACUUGACACUAGAUGGCACCACAGAUAAACCCUGACCCUCCAACAGGUACGUAAAAACUUUUGCAGCAGUACCAUGAGCAGCACACACAUUUCAAACCAGGGCUCUUAUCUGCAGAGGUACGCACCCUCUUUUACAACAGAGCUGUACAGAGUGCAUUACAUGUAACUACAAGUCAUGACUGGAAAGGACGGACGAGAAGGUCUCUUUCCAGCUGUGUACAACGCCUGCAGUCUUAUCAAAUCACUGAUAGUGUGGGUGAACUGACACCUUGAAGUUGGGUUACUUUUUCGGUUCCAGUGAAUUGUAGGGGACUUCAGCAUGAGGGUGCCUCAUUCAUCCCUGAUUACCUUUGCUCUAUUGUUUAUACAACUACCCAGUGCAUCAGGGGGCAAAAUCCUGGUGUUCCCAUUGGAUGGAAGCCACUGGGUAAACAUGAAAGUACUCAUAGAGGAACUGCACACCAAAGGCCAUGAGGUCACUGUGGUCCGGGCAUCUGAUAGUUGGUACAUCAGUGAAAAGUCUCCUCUCUACACCUCUGUCACCCUUACUGGCUCAAAUGGAUUUGAGCAAAAUUUUGAAACCUUUUUGUCUCGACAGCUGGACAUCCGACUACAGGGUAAACAUAAAUCUUUUUGGUCUCGCAUCUGGACUCGUAUUGAGAUGGAGCGGGUGACUGUGGAUCAGUUCUUUCACUUUCAUAAGGGAAUGAGUGAAAUGGUCAGUCAGAUGUUUGAAGAUGAAAAUCUCAUGCAGUCUUUGCAUGAAGCCAAAUACGAUAUGGUUUUGACUGACCCAGGAAUUGGCGGAGGGGCAAUACUGGCACGUCGGCUCCAAGUUCCUCUUGUUUUUAAUGUUAGAUGGACCAUUCAAGGUGAAGCUCAUUUCCUUAUCGCCCCCUCACCUUUGUCUUACAUUCCUUUCACUGCAACAGAGUUCACAGAUAAGAUGACCUUCUUUCAAAGAGUGGCAAAUGUUUUGAGUUAUAUUCUUGGGAUGUACACGCUUUCAUACAUCACAGAGCCUCAUUACAAACCAUUAGUGAAGAAGUACUUUGGUCCUGAUGUGGAUUACUCAACAUUUUUCCUGGAUGCUGAUAUGUGGCUUAUGAGGAAUGAUUUCAUCUUUGAAUUUCCACGUCCAACAAUGCCAAACAUUGUCUACAUGGGUGGAUUUCAGUGCAAGCCCCCAAAGCCGCUUCCUUCGGAACUGGAGGAAUUUGUCCAGAGUUCUGGAGACCAUGGGGUCAUUAUAAUGACCUUAGGGACUUUAGUCGGGAAGCUUCCUCAAGAUAUUGCUGAGGAGAUUGCUGCAGCCUUUGCCCAGUUACCUCAGAAGGUUGUUUGGAGGUAUAUGGGACAAAGGCCAGACAACCUCGGCAACAACACAUUACUGGUCAACUGGCUGCCACAGAAUGACCUUUUAGGACAUCCCAAAACUAGAGUGUUUGUGACCCACGGAGGCACUAAUGGGGUUCAGGAGGCAAUUUACCAUGGAGUUGCUGUAGUUGGACUUCCACUGUUCUUUGACCAGCCAGAAAACCUCGCCAGAAUCAGAGCAAAGGGAGGAGCUGUGAUUGUGGAUAUCGCCAUGCUUGAUAGACACAUCUUUGCAGAUGCCCUGAUGACAGCUCUUUACAAUUCCUCUUACAGGGAAAACAUGCAGAUGCUCUCAAGGCUGCACAGAGAUCAGCCCAUGAAACCACUGGACCAGGCAGUGUUUUGGAUAGAAUAUGUAAUGAGACACAAAGGAGCCCGUCAUCUGCAGACACAGUCCAACAAAAUGUCCUGGUUUGUGUACAACUCUGUAGAUGUCAUCACUGCUUUGUUGACAGUUGUGUUGUUUAUAUCAUUCACCUGCUUUUCAAUUGUCAGGUUACUGUGGAGAAUAAUUUUCGCUGGCGAAAAAGCCAAGCAUGAAUGAUAUGAAAGAUUAAACGUAUUACCAAACAUUAACCCAACUGUACUCUGUGAAAUAUAAUUUAUUUGUUGACAUGAUUAAGGCUUAUAACCCAAAUAUAUCAACAGUAUUUCCAAAAACCCUAAAUAAUGAGUGAAUAUGUUCUAUAACUAAUAUUAAGGUGCACUAUGUAUUUUUCAAAUAAUAAUAACACCAUUUA